AAGCCCCCCCCCCCCGCCUCCACUUUCCCGUUCCUUCCUGAGCAAAGAAGGUGUCUGCAGUCCGAAGCCUCCUGGGAAGGGGGCGCUUCUGCUCUGCCCCGGAUCUGGGGCGGGGGCAGCGGCGGGGGAAAGUGAUUUCCCUUUUCUUCCUCUUCCCUCCUCCUCCCCCGCACCUACCUCCCCAGCUCGCGAGGAAACCGAGGCAGCUUUGCGUGGCAUGUGCAAAGAGGCGCCGGAGGAGAGCCGGCUGCGGGGCCGAGGGAGGGGGAAGAGGAGAGUUGCUGCCGCUGCUCGCUGUGACUUUUGGCUUUCCUAACCGGCCGAGUUAACCAUUAAGCAGCACGCCUGAACUGAUCGCAACCUAAGCCUGGAACCCGGGGAGAGGGGGGGGGGAGCACCUUCUCGACCCCCCCCUUCCCCCAACCUGGGCCUUGCAGGCUGGGAAUAACCCAGAAAUUCUUCAGCCUUUGGGAUUGCAAUAGUCCCGAGCCGGCUGUGCUUCUUGCUGCUGCGGGUGUGUUCCUCGGUGUUGUUGUGUUUUUAAAAACACACCUCAAAUUGCUAUGGCCAGGCAGUGUGUGUUCUGUUUACCCUGCUGGGCUGUGUGUAUCUGUUAGUACCUUUCAGCAGCUAAAAAAAAACAUAAUUACUCUGCUAAGCAAUUCUAGGGUAUGUUUGUGUGUGCACUUUCCUAGUUUUAAGGAUGUGAGGAGCUGUGCCUUACUGGGCCAGACCAAGGCCUUUUAACUCCACCACCGCAUAUUGCAGGACCUUAUACUGGCUGAGGCGUUUCGGAGGCUACUGCAGGGCAAAGGGAGCAUCUUGGCCUGCGGCUUCCCUUCCUUCCUUGGCGGAGGCAGUGGGGGAACCUCUGCCUUCCCCUUGCCCCACUCCUGGCUGGGGAGGAGGGUGAUGGCUCGCUUGAAACAGCUUGGAUUCCUUCUGGCAGUCUCUCUCCAGUCCUGCUUACAGCCCACUCUGUGUCAAGGCACUAACAGCACUCCAGUGGAGACCACAGCCUUGCCUCCCGCUACUUCAUAUCGCCUUUCGAAGUCGGAGCUGGAGGCAGCCAUUGCUGUGCCGUGCGUUUUGGGGGGGCUCCUGCUGAUCGGCCUGCUGGUUUUUAUGGGACUCAAAAUCCGGGAGAAGCGGCAGACAGAGGGCACUUAUCGGCCCAGCAGUGAGGAGCAGGUGGGAUACUCAGCCAAAUCAAAUAUGACAGUUGCUAAAACAUGCAACUCUGAUGCCAGAAGUGAAACCACUAUUGCUGUAUGAUUCCCUGGUGGAUCUCCCGGUGGAUCAGGUCCACCUCCACAAGCCAACAGGCUCCACUGCUUGCAGAUCCAUCUCCCCAUAAGGCAGUAGCGUUGUGCAAUGCCUCGGCAUGGAAAUCUUCCACCCUAGAGGAGGAAUGGUUAGCAUCUGUUACAGAGAAGAAAGGGUACCUCUCUCUUCCUUCUCAUUGCAAAGUCAACCCACUAUUCUUUCUUCACUGAAAAUCUUCCCCUCUCCCUUUUCCUAAAAUAAACUGAAUUUUUAUAUUGUUGCUGGUUUCUGUUGAUGCUUUGAGAAGAUAAGAUGUAUGGGAAGCCGGUGCUGUUACCUUGUGCUCUGAGAACAUAUGCACCUUACCUUCCAAGUCCCGGACUGCAGAAUCCGGGACCGGCAGCCGUGUGACACCGGAAGUUGCGUCGAAGUAACUUCCGGUGUCGCUUUGCCCUUCUAUGGGCACCAAAAAUGGCCGCCGCCAGCUUCGAAAGUCGCUUGUACGCAUGUCAGGAAGUGCGUCACACAACUUCCGGUGUCGCUCCGCCCAUCUAUGGGCACAAAAAAUGGCCACCGCCGACACCGGAAGUCACGUCUAUGUACUUCUGGACAUGCGUAGAUGCGACUUUUGAAGCCGGCGGCGGCCAUUUUUGGUGCCCAUAGAAGGGCAAAUCGGAAAGAAAAAAAAUGGCCGCCAGCAGGAGAAAAUAAAGGAGAAAAACGGGAGACGAAGUGAUACGGGGGACCACCGGGAAAAGGUAAGUAAAAACGGGGGUUUCCCGGGGAAAACGGGGUACUUGGCAGCUAUGAUAUGCACUGCCCUGUCCAUAAGUAUUCCCCUACUCCUGCAAGUUCUUAUGUACACAUGAUUUUCUUUCCCUAAUGCCUUGUGCCAGCGACAGGUACUGUACUGCAUGGAUGGGGAAUUGGCAGCCCCAAACAGACACCAUGGCUAAAUAGUCAGGGAUGAUGGAAGUUGCAGUCCAAUAAGAUUGUGGGGCGGCGGCACAGGGUCCCCCAUUCCUGUCAUACUGGGAGCCUCCCUUCCCUUUGCAAGUCGUCUCAGAAAAUUCAAAGCUUACCCUCAUCUGCAAAGUGUCACUUCCUCUGCUUUCAUGUGCGUCGGCUGGGGACUGUGAAGUAAAAGUGCCCCCAAACUGCUGGCCCAUUGUUCUGCCUGGACACUGAGGUCCAGCUCCAAGGGCCUUCUGGCAGCUCCCUCACUGCGAGAAGUGAGGUUACAGGGAACCAGGCACAGGGCCUUCUCGGUAGUGGUGCCCUCCCAUCAGAUGUCAAGGAAAUAAGCAACUAUCUGAUUUUUAGAAGGCAUCUGAAGGCAGCCCUGUUUAGGGAAGGUUUUUUUAUGUUUGAUGCUGCCCAGAGUGGCUGAGGAAACCCAGCCAGAGCAGCGGGGUAUAAAUAAUAAAUUACUAUUAUUACUGUAUUA